AAGUUUCUUGUAAACGCACGUUUGCCCUUUCCAAUACCCGCAGGGCGCCCGUCUGCCGGCGUGUCGUCCCGGUGCCUUCUGCGUUAAAUGUCACCUACUCAUCUCCCGCGGGGAGCUGGGUCAGCUACAGCCUGCCGACUUGCUACGAGCCUCCGCCGCCGCCGCCGCCUCCAAGCAAUAUGAACGUGCAGAGCACUGUGUCCUUCAGCAGCAUGCAGGACAAGCAGCCGCCACUGCAGCCGUCGUCGUCCUCGCUUGACAUGCUGUGUCGGAUGUCGUCGUACCAGGACGACAAGAGCCGAGGCACAGCACAGCAACCGGUUACAGCAACAACCACAAGAACUGUGGCAACGGAAGUCGAGUUCCGCUUUGCGCAACCCAGGUCAGACAGGCGGAGCGUGGGCGUGAUGACGAGCUCCGUGCCUUGCGAGGACGACAGGAGAACUGGGGGCACCCACUACGAGACAGCGCCUUCCACCGACCAUGAACAGAACGAACUAAGCGGGCCUGAAUCAGCCCUCGAGGUGAGGGACGGGGCGCCGCUCGGCGACCAGUCAUCCUCGGAGCACGGCUGGUACCAACCCCUUCAUAUUGUGUCGAAGGACUCGUACGGCACCGAGGACGCCGCACGGAAGUUUUUCAACUUCGCGUGGGGCGCCCCUCGGCGGGGACCAGCGCGGAGCACCUGCGCAGCCCGUACGAUACGUGCUACCGCCGACGAGGAUGAUAGACUCGAAGUGAACCCUUUCUCGUGGUCUUCGAAAGAACUGCUUAUAAAUCACGAGCCGACCACAACCCAACAGUUCAAGCCGGCCCUUGAGAUCGGGAUGGAAGACGAGACGCACAGUGACGUGUCGACGCCACAGUGGGAGUCUCCGAAAGAGGCCGAGUCGGACGAAGUCGUGUCGUUCUCCAAGCCGGACAGCCCGGCCGCGUUGAGCACCAACCUGCUUCGCUCAGCGACGCCAGACGACGAACUGGCUCGCAAGGAGGUCUUGUCCACCGGGCCCGAUGCCCACGAAGCAGCGUCUCCUCGAAGAGAGCUUGCCGACGAAGACAAAUUUGGGAGUGCCAACUUCGGUGCUGAGGAGGAAGAGGAAACAGAGGAGGUAAAGCACGAGGACAAGGAAGAGGAAACAGAGGAGGUAAAGCACGAGGACAAGGAAGAGGAAAAAGAGGCGGUGGAGCAGGAAGGCGGAGGAUCCCACGGUGACGAGGAGGAAGACAUGGAGGACGGUCAGCCGGUCGCCACAUCUGCCACAGGUUGGAGGCUCGUUACCGGACAAGAGAAAGUUGUCCCCAAAUCUUCAGGAAGAAAACCUGGAGAAGAAAAUGAAAGUGUCGACAAUACCGGCAGCGAGGCUUCUGUAGAACACGCUGAGCAGGAGCGAAACCCAGAGACGAGAGUUUCAUCACCGAAAAAGGAGCCUUCGCCAUCAAAGCUGGAACCCGAGACCAUGGCGGCUGCCUCAGCUGUUUCGUUGGCGCCCCUCGCCGAGCUCACUAAAGAGCAGGAAGAAGCAGCCGAUAAAGCUAGCGAAGAGAUGGACAAGGACUUACGUGACCUGGAGUUGACCAGCGUGCAACUCUAUCCUGAGAGCAGGUUGGUCAUUCUGCUGGCGAUACUCUGCCUAAUCUGGAUCAUAUUCCUGUUGCUUACCGCAGCGGUCAAGCACGGCCUGCGUCCUCCAACGUGCGACGAGUCCACGAUACACACUGUUGCUCCAACAACGCGAGAUCAGUGGCCUCCUGUGUGGCCUCCUAUAACGUACAGCACGCAAAAGCCAAAGCAACCACUGACCAAUUCCACCGCAACCACGCAAGAACCGCUGCGAGGGAACUUCAUAUGCUCGAGCGAUUACUGCCGAAAAGAAGGCAACUACUUGCGCGCUUUGACCACUCGGUCCACGAAGGAACCAUGCGAAAACUUUUACGAGCACGUUUGUGGUACCUGGAAGAAGUCGGCCUCCCGGAUGAUUCAAAAGUUUCCAGGAGCAGCAGUCUCCACCGACACUCUGCUGCAAGCGUCAAUGGAAGCUCAGUUGUUGGCCUACAUAAAGGACAGGACGCGCGCAGAUGUCACUCCUGCCCGAGCACUGUACGAUAUGUGCAUGAACAGGGGCUCUGCGAACGCUGCGCUCUUGGACACGAAGCAGCUGCUUCACCAGUGGGGUUCGGACUGGCCACAAAAGGAGAGCGCUAACAGCUCUACCAAGGAAGUAUGGCGCUUCGCUGCCAAGCUGAUGCGGGUGCUGGGUGUGCCGUCACUGGUGGGCAUCGAGAUCGGCCUCGACCCGUGGAACCUCGAAGAGAACAUCAUUGAGGUGGGCCCACCGAGAACAGUGUUCUUCUCCAAGGACGUCUCGGAGCCGCGAGUCAUGACGCUCUUCGGCGACGCGACGCGCGCCGCUGCAAAGGCGCUGAACCCGAACGACGCAGACGCCGCCGACGCGGCAGCCAAGGACGUCAGCAUCGCCUUAGCCAGUAUCUCGCUUCGCCAACUCGACGACCUGGGAACGUCGCCCUUGGACUUCCAGGUGGAUAAGUUAGGUUCCCUGGGGAAAGGCGUGCAGUACUUUCUGCGCACCGUCGUCGACAACGUCGCAACGCUCGAUUCUCGCACCCGGCUUCUGGUGCACCGAAGUCCGCUGUUCCGUCGAGAGCUGGACGAAACCGUGAACAGAUUGCCUCCUCGCGCCAUGCUCAACUACCUGGGCCUACUGGCUCUCGUGGCGCUGUCCCCAUUUCUGCCUGAGCGGUUGAGUUCUCUCCGCGUACUCCACUCGGUUCACACGCUUGGACGUGCCGAGAACGGGAGCAGCGAGCUCCUGUGCCUGCGCGCGGUGAGCCAGGCUUAUCCAGCAUGCUUGGCAGCGGCGUCGCAUACGCUGUACAAGAACACACACCGGUCGCUGUGGCUGUCGCAGCUCGAGUCCCUGUUCGUGGGAUACGUGCGCAACGUCGUAUGGAUGGACAAUCUGACGUCCCUGUUCGUGCGCUAUAAGAUGCAGCACCAUCGCUUGGCGCGUUUUUUCCCCGUCUGGCCUUUGGGUGACUGCAAUGCCACGACUGGAGCAGCUUCUUCCAAGACCAUCGGCGCUUUUGUGGACGCCGUCAGUCUCCGUCAAACACAGGAGCUUCAACAGCUCGGACAGUCUCCGCUGCAGCCGAGCACUGGCUCCCCGUUGUCCGUGUGGCCUCGGUACCGGCUGUGCCUGCGGUUAUUUCAGAUCCCCGUAGGGCUGGUCAACGACUCGGUGCCGGCCAAUGGCACCUUCUUCGCGCUGCACCUGUCGCGCGUGGCGGUGCGGUUGUAUGCAGCGCUGGCGCAGCUGCUCUACGAAGGCACCGUGUACGAACGCGAGAUCCCGCUUUAUUUCACGGAGGAGGCGGAGCGCACGCUCGAGGACCUGUUCGACUGUUUGUUGGGCAACGCGCGGCACGCAUUCCCGCACGGCCUCCGUGCAGAGCGGGUGCGCAACGCUCUGCUGGAACAGGUGUUGGCCCUACAGCUGGGCUUUAUGGCCUUCCGCCGCCUGCUGGCCGUGCGGCGCAUCUGGGGCUUAGACUUCCGCCUGUCGACGCUGCCGGAGGUCUCCUCGGACCAGCUGUUCUUCCUCUACUACGCGCUGGAUCACUGCGAGCUCAGCGACGCCGUGUUCGAGUCGCACCAGUUCGAGGCCUACCGCCGCCUGCCCUCCGCGGUGCGCGUCAACAUGGCGGUGCGUCAGUCGACGCGGUUCGCACAGGCCUUCCGCUGCCCGCCAGGUUCGCCCAUGGUGGCGGGAGAGCCGUGUCAAGUUCUACGAUAGGAGGAUGCCAAGCGAUAGACCAGUUGGGCUGAGGGCGAUACUGAUGUGCUUGCUAUAGCGGUAUAAUCCAAACGCGAAAGACGGUUGCGUUUGUGCAUUGACGGGUAGCUGUGGUUGCCAGAAUUAAUGUAACAAAAAUAUACUUGAAAAUGCUAAGGCUGUGAUUUCCGGACUCUCACCACCAUGUUGUUGACAUUUGUGGUUUGAAAUGAACGUUUGCAAUUUCAAAGUAAAGUGGAGAAGUGAACUGAAACCUAGAGCUUCGCUUUUGUUAGUGCAACUCGUGGUCUUCGCACGCCGCACAAUGCAUCUCGACGCAAGUGUUUCCCGUGUACCCUUGCUGCGCAACAUGGCGAAGAGUAGCGAAGCUGAGAAGAUUUAAUUUUGAUUUAUAGCUUUGGUCCGAAAGGAGUGUACGACAUAAUACGUUAUGGCAAUAUAUCCUCGUGGUGGCACAAUAGCUGCCGUUAUGUCUCAUUCUUCCGAACAUGUUUGUCAGCCUGGACGAGAUGAUUAAACCGUCUUCGUCGCACGCUGCAUAUUAAAAUCUGACGACUGUUAUGUUCGCCGUAACAUUGUAGCAGACUGGUUGCUUUUCGCGCGGAACUUAUUGCGAUGAAGUGAACUCUCUUUCUUCCACAUUUGCUUCUGUCGUCCAAUGAUAAUCUGAAGCAUGCUACAGCACCGGAAGAGCAUCGCCGCAGUCACAUCACGGCGGUUGUUGUUAACAAAAUGCAACUCAAAAGUUUAUCCCGAGUACUUGCCCCCCCCCCCUUUUUUUUGUUUUUGUAGUACAAUAAACUUGCUUUAUAAUAGUGUAA